AGUCUACAGCCACAGGGGCCAGGGCCCAUUCUCCAGGGAGCCAGCUCAGGACAGAGAAUGAGGUUCACACAGGCAGGGUGGGGGCUGCCCUGCUUGGGAGUCCAACGUCCCUAGAAGAAACCAGCAUUUCUUGUCACAGUCCCAGGCAUAACUUCCCAGGUCCCUGCCCGGGACAGGUCCAGCCUGGGAACAGGAGCCACAGUACUCCAGGAGCCUCGCACAGCUGGCCACCAGGACAGUUCCCUAAGGAUGUUUCCAAAGUCACUGAGCCACCUUGAACUCUCCAGAAAGUCCACGUUGCAAACUCAAUAUUAUUAAAUCUUGACCCAUGAAGUGUUUAUGGGAUGGAGCCCACGGCUCAGGGACGGACUGAAAAAAGCUUCAGCUAUGUCAUCAGAGCUCCCAGCGACGAUGGGUUGGAUGUAACGCACGUCGAUGUGAGGAUUGACACGUGCUGGAUAUGCCGAGACCUGGAGAGUGACGAGGCACGGGGGUGCCUUCCAGAAGACGCGGCCGAGGGUCCAGAGGUGGACACAGAGGUGCUCAGGAAGCAGCUGGAAUCCUCAGAGCAGAAGCUCUUGGCAGCCAUGGACGUACACACGAUGUCGGAGUCCAGGCUGAGGAGCAGGAUCCGGGAGCUGGAGCUGUCGGAGAGGACACUGCUCCGGGAGGUGGACCGGCUGCGUGCCCGCGUGGUCCAGGAAAGAAGCGCCUCACUGUGGGCCUGGGGGCAGCUGCGGGCGCCGCAGGGGGAGCUGGCCCCCCAGGUCCGGCAAGAGGAGAGCGUGGUCUGGCGGCAGCGGCAGCAGCUGCAACGACUGAGGGGGCAGCUGCGGCGCAGGGAUGAGGCGCUGGGACUGCAGGCGGAGGCCCUGGAGCGCUGCCGGCGGAUCCAGCAGUGCCAGCUGGGUCUGGUGCGCGAUCAGGAGCGCACCCUGCGGGCCCAGGUGCAGCGGCUGGAGCGGGACGUGCAGCGCCUCUGUCGCGCCUCGGGCCUCCUACUGGCUCAGCGGGGCACUGCAGCCCCUGCGCUGGUCCCAGACAAACCCGGGCUGCAGGUCCCCAUAGAUCCACUCAAAGCCCGGAAGGCAGCUGCGGAGCUGCGCGCCCUGCAGGAAAGGGCCGAGCGCAGCGAGCGGGAGCGGGAGGAGGCGGAGCGCCGGCUGCGCGAGCAGCGGUCCAGGGAGCGCUGGCUCCGCCGGCAGCUGGAGGAGCUUCGCUGCUGCAUCUACGGGCUGCAGCUGUCUGAGAUUGGCCUGCAAGGCCAGCUGGAGGAGCUGGCCCAGCAGAAUCAGAGCCUGCGAGAGGAGCUGGGAGCUGGUGGCUGUAGCCUGGAUGGCCUGGGCAGGGUUCAGGAGGACUCGCCAUCCCCGCCCAGGGAGGAGGCGCUGGAUCCCUGCAGAAGCCAAGGCCAGCACGACAGUGCCCGUGGACCACGGGCCUCCGCAGGUCAGCUCUUGGAGGGACCCCACACCCGCAUCUGCAGUGGAGCUGGACCAGGCCCGGAGAGCACGGGCGAGCUCUCAGAGGACCACACAGGGUCUGAGCGAGAACAGCCUCCUCUGGCCGAGCCCAGCUCGGGUGGACAGACUCUUCUCCUGGUGUGUGGUUCCUCCCCAGCGCGGCACACGGACGGGUCACUCGUCCCCCUGGACCUGGCCUGGAUUUCAGAGGGUCUCGCAGUCCCCCGAGCCCAGGAGCCCUUUCUCCAGGUGCAGACCUGCACGCUUCCGCUCCGGGUGCUGGCUGGGGCCCCUGGGCCCCUGCUGCCACUGCUGCUGCAGGAGGCUCCCCGAGAAGAGCUCCAGGAGACGCUGGGCACUGGACGUCCCGGCUGGCACUGUCCCCAGACAAGGAGCCUGGUCGCCUCCCCCUGCCAGGGGUCUCCACGCACUUCAGACCACCCAUUUCCCAUGAAAGGGUCCGAACAUGGAAAAGACACUUGGAACAAGGAAGGAGGGGCCCCAGCUGGGGGAGCAGGGGACAGGGAGCCGAGGACUUCAGGCAGGAUUGAGGGAGAGCUUGGUGGCAAAUGCCAGCUGGGUCAGCAAAGCUGCGGGGACCUGGGCCUGGGGAGCGGGGUCCAAUCUCCAGGGGGUGUGAAGGGCAAGAGCAUGGCUCUGGAGACACAGGCCACCACCCACUGCCCCUGGCUCUGGCAGGCGUGUCCCGAGCCUCUUUUGCAGGGGGAGGACUCCAUGGAGGAGCCUGAGUCCCUGAGCAGGAGGCAGAGUGUAGAAGGAUGUGGUGGGAGCCUCCCGGAGGGGCUGUCAUCAAAGGAGGGAGCCACACCCCCAGCCACCAGCUCCAGGGCUCAUGGGACAAGCGAGUCACGGCCAGCUGGCAGCGAGCUUCCUGCAGGGCAGAGCAGAGCCCUCGAGAGGCGGGUUCCAGGCAAGGAGGACAGCCCACCGUGGUGUGGAGGUGCUCUGCCUCUCCCAGAGGAAAGUCCUGGGGUCGGAGGCCAAGAGGAGAAGGAGGAGGGGCUGCAUCAGGGGGCAUCCGGUCUGGGGAACAGGGGUGUCCCCCAGGAGCUGGACUCCAAGCAGUGCCAGGGCAAGCGGACACUUUUCUUAGCGGGAGAGCAUGGUUCGCUGCAGCCUCCCGGACGAGCUGUAUCCAUUGAAGACACUGGGCCCCCUCCGGCUCCGGGCAAAGGACAGGAUAGAUGUUCUCUCCAAAUAGACGCAUUUGAGCGGGAUGUGGAGGCUUGCUUCCUGCAACUGAACACCCUGACACUUGGCAGCAGGGGUCACCCGCGGGAGGUGUCCCUCUUGGCAGGAGCGAACUGGAACUUUGCUCAAGGGAGGCAGAGUGGAGGUGAGGAGAGCAGAGAGGGCACCUGCCAGGAACAGACUGUGGCCCUAGACACCUGCAGAACUCUUGCAGGGAUGGCGCCUGAUUGUGAGGGAGCCAGUCUGGACCCUGCAGUGCUACUCGGGAACCCGCUCUCCACAUCCCAGCGUGCCCUGGAGAGGGCCAGGGCCACGUUCCAUCAGCUCCUUUCCUCCCUGAAGAAAGAGAGAGACCAGGUCUUAUGUGACAGGGCUGCUCCUCGGGAAGACCAAGAGGGACGCCAUCAUGAAGCAUGCAAUCUGGAGGCAGAGAGAGCGCAGCAAGCAACCCAGGUGAGCCAGCUCCAGCAGGCCAACCGCACCCUGGAGGGAGACCUGGCCGGCCUCAGGAGGGAGCUGGACCAGUCCCUGCAGGCCAUUUCCCACCUGGAAGAGUGCAAUGGGGAGAGUUAUGUCAAGAUUUCAGAGCUCGAAGAAGAAAAUGAACAGCUGAAAAGGGACCUGCGACUUCAGAAGGCCAAGUCUGAGAGCACCAGGAAGUCCCAAGGCAUGAUGGAGCACGUCACUCUGGAAAACAGGGAGCUCAAGGCGCUGAUUUCGGAGCUUGCGAUCAGCUAUAAGGAGCUGAUAAGGGAUGUGGUUCUGGGGAUAGAAGACAUGAUCCGGGCGUUAAAGGGGGAGAAUGAGCACCUUCUACACAGGGUCCGAGUCCUGGAGCAGGAAGUUACCUUGCAGACCAGCGGGGACAGGGGGUGUUCACUGGGAGGGGGUCAGCAACCCCAGGAAAGCACCAUGGCGACCGCAAUCAAGGUGUGUACCAUGGACAAAGAGGUGCAGGCGACUCCACUCUCUGGGCAGCUGGCCACAAGUGCCUGCGGGGCACCCUCGGUGGAGGCAGUGGGCGUCCCUGGGAGGCAGACAGGACCUGCCUUAGACCUGCAGGAUUCCAGAUGUGGCGCUGGUUCCACCACUCCAUCCCUGGUCUGGAGAAAUGCUCAAGUCCCCAGUGACCUGCGAGGAACGGGCGGAGCAGGAGGAGCAGCAGCACAACUGGAGACAGAGGAGAAAAGGCCAUGGUGUUCCCACCAAGGGCACGCUCCGAGGUCCCCACGCAGUGGCCCCCAGCUCCAGGACACAGAGGCCGACGCAUCCGAGGAGGACCCCAGGCUGUGUGUCCGGCGGCUCCAUCACCAGGUGCAGACCCUGCAGUGCCAGCUCAGGGACCAGGGGUGGGCGCACCGGGAGCUGCAGGUGGCUCAGGUGGAGGCCUUGCGCCUGCAGGAGGAGCUCACGGGCAAGCUUGAAGAACUCCAGAGAAAGCAGCGUGAAGCCCGGGUGGCGGCGGCCCCCCUGAAGGCCAAGCUGGCCUCCCUGGUCCAUAAGUGCCGAGAGAGGAACCGCCUCAUCACCCGGCUGCUGCGGGAGCUGGGCAGACACGGGCCCACCGACCUCCUGCUCUCCGAGAUGGCCCAGAACAUGGUCCAUGACGAGGCGCUGUCCGAGUACGCCGCUGCCUUCCUGACCCCUGGACUUCCGGAGACAAGCCACGGCCUGCAUGUUGGCUCCCAGGAGAUGGCAGCUGCCAGAGUUCGGGAACAUCUGCUGAGUUCUGAAAUAGACGGUGUCCUCCGAAGCUCCUUGUGCUCAGAGUCCUGGCCUGUUCCCGAGUGGCCAGCACAGACUACUCCGCUGGAUUCUCAAAAGCUGCCCCUGCCCUUGGAGCCCAUCCUGGAUCCUGGACGGGGGCCAGCAGUGGUCACUAUGGAACCAGGUGGAGAGCCCCCUCCCGUCCCCCAAGCCCACAGCCUCCUGCCGCCCUCCGAGCUCCUGAGCCCCGCGCGGAUCCUGGCUUUCCACCGAGAGCUCAGACAAAGCAUUUGCAGCAGUUCCCAGUUCAAUAAAUCACCGCUGGAGUUAUGAAUGUCAUAGAGCCACUCAUUCUCCGGGGCCAUUCCAGGGACUCCAUGAAUAUUUGAAGCAGAACCUUCCGAGAGUGCUUUAAGAAAUCGGUGGCAAUCAGAGCUCUCAUUUAGUGGCAAGUGGUUUUGCCUUUGGCGUAGGGAUUUGUGUCCCCAUGAGCCUUGGGAGAAAAGCCGGACGGUGCCUCGCUAACGUGAGGAGUCUGGCUUUGCAGGUGCCAGGCGGCAGCAGAAGCCCCAGCCACCUCCACCCACGACCCACCACGCACCAGUCCCUGCUUCUCAGCCGGCAGUUUUAUCCUCAUGGCAAAGUGUGGCCAUGUCUGGAGACACUUGGCAAUGGCAGCUGGUAGGCCGCAGCCAGGGGGACAAGGGUAGGUGCUACGGAGCGUCCUCCAGUGCGCACAGUGGUCUCCAGGAGGGUCGCCUGCUGAGAGGCCGAGGUGCCAAGGCCGAGGUGCCCAGGCCAAGGCCCAGCACUGGCCGGGAGCUCCUGGGCUUCAGCCAUGGAGAGUAGCUCUGUCUUUCUGCCCCAGGGAUCCUCCCUGUGUUUUGUGCCGUCCGUGUUUUAAAAGAUUUUUGUCUACUCGACGAAACCCUAAUUUGAGUAAUUGUAUAUUUUACAUUAAAAACA